AUGGCGAACCUUUUUGACCUAGAGUGCCCAAACAAACAAACAAACAAAAAAACCACAACCCAGCAGGUGGCAGCGGUGGAAGUGGAGGCAGAAGGGGGAAUCCUGAGCAUGGAGGUACCUUCAGACCCCACUCCGGAUCCGCCUCCAGUCGUGCCCAACCCUGCCAUUGGUCUGCUCGGUUGGAGAAGAUCCUGCACAGUGGACAAACAUUCGGUGGAAGUCACCAAUUGCUUUUCAGUCCCUCACAAUGAGUCUGAAGAUGAAGUGGCAGUUGACAUGGAAUUUGCCAAGAAUAUGUAUGAGCUGCACAAGAAAGUUUCUCCCAGUGAGAUUAUUCUGGGAUGGUAUGCAACGGGACAUGACAUCACAGAGCACUCUGUCUUGAUUCAUGAAUAUUACAGCAGGGAAGCACAUAAUCCAAUUCACCUCACUGUGGAUAGCAGUCUCCAGAAUGGGCGUAUGAGUAUUAAAGCAUAUGUCAGUACUGCAAUGGGAGUCCCUGGUAAGACUAUGGGAGUAAUGUUUACUCCUCUCACUGUGAAGUAUACCUACUAUGACACAGAACGGAUAGGUGUUGAUCUCGUCAAGAAAACAUGCUUCAGUCCGAAUAGAGUGAUUAGUUUGUCCAGUGACCUUCAACAAGUGGGAGCAGCUUCUGUUCGGAUUCAGGACACCCUGAACACAGUGCUUCAAUAUGCAGAAGAUGUGCUGUCUGGUAAAGUGACUGCUGACAAUACUGUUGGUCGCUUCCUGAUGGACCUCAUUAACCAAGUUCCAAAGAUCUCACCAGAGGACUUUGAGACAAUGCUGAACAGCAACAUCAAUGACCUGCUGAUGGUGACUUACUUGGCAAAUCUCACCCAGUCGCAGAUUGCACUCAAUGAAAAAAUCAUAAACCUCUAAUGCAUUUGUAAUCAACUUGUGACAGCAUCAAGCAAGUAGAGUGGUGACUAUGUAAUCCCAGUGGUGUUGCUGGACUGGAAAGCCUUCUCAUCCUUUCCCAGCAUAAAGAAAUCUGGCCUUGAAAUGGACUCACAGACUUGAAGACCAUACUAGUAAAGAUCAAUCUAGUAACUAUCAGACUGUUCAGUCACAUUCACAUACCACUAGCACAACCAUAUGUUUAUUUUAAGGAUGCUUGCAUGUUAAUAAACUAAAUAAGUAAAAUACCA